GAUCUGCGGCCCUUGUGCGUUUCCUCGUUCCCGCGUGGUGUGCGGCGCCAGUUGCCAUGGAGCCGGCCGGGCCUUGUGGUUUCUGCCCCGCGGGGGAGGCCCAGCCGGCGCGCUACACCUGCCCUCGCUGUAACGUGCCCUACUGCUCGCUGCGCUGCUACCGGGCGCAUGGCACCUGCGCCGAAGACUUCUACCGUGACCAGGUGCUGGGAGAGCUGCGCGGCCGCAGCGCCUCGCCCAGCCGCCUGGCCAGCGCCCUACGCCGGCUGCGUCAGCAACGUGAGACCGAGGACGAGCCCGAGGACGCAGGCCUCAGGCCUGGCCCAGCGCCCGGCGGCCUCUCAGGACUCUGGGAGCGGCUGGCCCCGGCCGAGAAGGUGGCCUUCGAGCGGCUGCUGAGCAGAGGCGACGCCGGGCGGCUACUGCCCCCUUGGCGGCCAUGGUGGUGGGGUCGCGGGGCCCGGCCGCGGCUUCUGGAGGAGCUGGGUGAUGCCCCGGACAGUGACGCCGAGGAGCUGGAGCCCCACCCCGCGAGGACGCCGCCGGAACCCGUGAAGGAUGAGCCCGCGGCUUCCGAGCCGGUUCUCGAAGACAUCCCCUGGGCCUGCGCUCCCGCCGUGCCCACCAGGAUCCCCACGCUGGCCAGCCUGAGCAGAGGUCGGGCGUCGCCGCUCGUGCCCUUCCAGCUGCCCAACGUGCUGUUCGCCUACGCACACACCCUUGCCCUAUAUCACGGCGGCGACGAGGCGCUGCUCUCCGACUUCUGUGCCACGCUGCUCGGCGUUUCCGGAGCCCUGGGCGCCCAGCAAGUCUUCGCCUCUGCCGAGGAAGCCCUGCAGGCCGCAGCCCACGUGCUGGAAGCAGGCGAGCAUCCCCCGGGGCCCCUGGGCACACGGGGUGCCAUGCACGAGGCCGCCCGCAUCCUGCUGGGUGAGGGCCCGGCCAACCAGAAAGGCUACACUCUGGCAGCACUGGGAGACCUGGUGCAGACCCUGGGCCGGGCCCGGAAACAAGCUGUGGCCCCUGAAGAACGAGAUCGCCUCUAUCGGGCCCGAAAGAAGUGCCAGUUCCUGCUGUCUUGGACCAACGAAAAUGAGGAGGCCCUCACACCCCUGGCUCUAGACUGCGCCAGGGCCCACCGAGCCCACACUGUGGCAGCCGAGGAGGUGGCAGCACUCACUGGGGAGCUGGAGCAGCUUUGGGGAGGCCCCCUGCCACCUGCCCAGAGGACUCUCAUUGAGGAGCUCCCCGGCUGACUGGAGACCCUUUGUCAUUAAUAAAGCUGUGACUGGUCUGCCCUGUU